CCCGAACAUUCCCGAACGUCACCAAACGACAGUAGUAAAAUGGCGGCCAGUUUAUGAUAGUUUAUUGUGACCAAUUUUCGUCCAAAUUAGCAAAAACCUCGUUAUUAUGGUAGUUAGUUUUGCUUAAUUGCAACAAACACUCCUAAACAAUGGACGCAGUCAAGGCAUUUAACGCGGAGCUUUCGUCCCUGUACGAAGUCAAGCCUCCGAUUUCCAAAGCCAAGAUGACUGCGAUAACGCGGGGGGCCAUCAAAGCUAUCAAAUUCUACAAACAUGUAGUGCAAAGUGUGGAAAAAUUCAUACUAAAGUGCAAGCCCGAAUACAAAGUGCCCGGUUUGUACGUGAUCGACUCGAUCGUGCGUCAGUCUCGGCACCAGUUCGGUGCUGAUAAGGACGUUUUUGCCCCUCGAUUCGCCAAGAAUAUGCGCCAGACGUUCAUCAAUUUGUUUCUGUGCCCCGCGGAGGAUAAGAGCAAAAUCAUCCGGGUGCUCAAUCUGUGGCAGAAGAAUCAGGUGUUCGCCCCUGAGGUCAUCCAGCCACUAUUUGACCUCGCUGACCCCAACAACCCCAUUCAUAAGGAAUUGGGGACCCCCAUGCAGUCCAACGGCAACAAAGGUUCCCCCGCUCUUCAAAAGACGCCCACCAAAGGUUCACAACAAGGUGUUGAUGCGGCUCACCUCGGAGGAGCUAACUUGAAUUUAACCGAUCCGAAUAUCCUCAUUCAGCUCCAACAACUUCAACGCCUACUGACACGCAGCGGCGAUUCGUCUUCAAAAACGGAUAGUCAAGUACAUUUUGACAAGAAGUUGUUAGAUUUCGAUUAUGGUGACGACGAUGAUGAAGCACACUCUUCGCCGAAAGCUGGACCGGCACCGCCUCCACCCAACGAUUCCGUUUCGAAUUUAUUGACAAAUCCGGAAGUUUUGCGCCAACUUCAAACUAUCCAACAAACGAUGACUGCUGGACAGGGAGAAUUGGAUAUCGACAAGUUGAGAAAAUUACAAGAGAUGAAACAACAAGAAGAGGAGUUUGAUAAACAUCUGGCGCAAACUGUUCCGAAUCUUCCUUUCGCUGCCGAAUGUGAGUUCAAACCUGGCACAAAUUCGUCCCUUUUGGGUAGUUCCUACUACCUUCCACCGACAACCGAUCUAUCUCAACCACCACCAGGUUAUAAACCUCAACAAUCGUACGAAAUGGGCCAACAGCAAAAUAACGAUAACGACGUGCAAUUUGUAAGCGGAGAAGGCGAUAACGGCGCCGAUGUCGAGGUGAUAACUUUGGAUCACGGCGAUUCUCGUAGUCCUUCGCCGGCGGAUGAUCGUUACAGUCGUCGAAGACGUAGCAGAUCUCGAGAAAGAUCUCGUGAACGACGCGACCGAGAUCGACGAUCACGUCGAUCACGUUCGCGAUCGAAAUCAAGAAGACAUCGUUCGAGAUCACGUGAACGAAAUCGUGUCAAAGAAAAGGAAACGGAAAAGGAUAAAGAGAGGAAAAAACGUGGAUUACCAGCCAUCAAAAAGGAUAAUUUGAGCGUGUGUAGUACGACGUUGUGGGUGGGGCAUUUAUCGAAAUUGGUGCAUCAGGAAGAUCUGUCGAAUACAUUUGGUGAAUUUGGUGAUAUCGUUAGCAUCGAUUUGAUACCACCAAGAGGUUGUGCGUUUAUUGUGAUGCACAGAAGACAGGAUGCUGCCAGGUGUUUGACUAAAUUGAAGAAUCAUCUAUUGCAUGGAAAGGCCAUAACGCUGGCAUGGGCUCCCGGCAAGGGCGUGAAAGGUAAAGACUUGAAGGACUACUGGGAAGGUGACCUUGGUGUCUCUUACAUCCCUUGGAGCAAACUUAAGCCUGACAUCGACAUCGAAAUGCUUGAAGACGGCGGUAUGAUCGACGAAGAUACUAUGCCACCAUGGAUGAAAGCAAAGGUGGCAUCCGUCACUCCAAAACCAGCCCUACCACCAUCGACCGAUUCGGUCGAUACGAGUCAACCGCCUCCGGUGCCCGGCACCGGUCUAUUGCAACCGCCUCCAAUGGCUCUGCCCCUCGUUUCACCUUUUCAAUUUGGCAAUCGUCUUCUGGGAAUCCCGCCUGGGAUGCUUCCAAAUGUUCCGAUUGGUGUGCCACCUCCUAAUAUAAUGCCCAAUCAGUUAGUCGGUUUAGGGUCACCGUUCCAAAGCCAACUGAUGAUGGGAGCUGAACAGAGCCAAGGACAGGCAUCGACGACCGACGAUGGUUUGUUAAAUAUGACGCAACCGUUUGGGAUGAUUCCGCAGCCGCCGAUUGGUUUGCCUGCACCACACGACGACAAUAUGGAUAUUGAAAUGGAGGAUGCGGAAAAGCCAGAAAGACCGAUGUUGUUGAGUGAGCAGUUGCAAGCUUCGUUGGCGCAAUUCAGCAGACAAGAUAUGGGAGAUAUCGACGAUAGGAGAGAUAGGGAGAGGAGAAGGAGUCGUGAGAGGGAUAGAGAUAGGAAUAGGGAUAGAGGAGACCGUGGCCGAGGUAUGACCCGCGAUGGCGCUUACUCCGACCGCGAUGACAGCCGAGGUCGCAAAGAUGACCGCCGAGACCGUCCGAACCGUUGGGGCGACCGUGAUUUGGACGUAAUGGAUCGUCGCGAACGUGAAAAAACACUAAAUGACCGUCUUCAACAGAUGGCGAUGCCAAGCGAGAUACCUUACUCGAAUCAUGACAGACCACCUCGUGACCUACCCCCUGAACCCCCGGAAAUAAUGGAUCGUCGCCUGUACAAAGGGGGUCCACCGAUGAAUCCCGACAUGGUGGAGAUGGACAUGUACGAUAUGCGAGGCCCACCUCCUCCCGACGACUACGAUCAUGGUAUGAACGGUCCGCCACCUCCCAUGAUAGAUGACUAUCCACCACCAAUGAUGGACCAUCCUGACGAUUGGAUGGACGGUCCGCCAAUGCAUCCGAGAAUGCAUCGGGACGAUUACGAACAUGAACGAUUUGGACGUGGACGGCGGGAUUUCAGGGAUAAGUUUGAACCGAGGGUGAGGGGGCUGCCGCCAGGAGGGGAUUAUUACCCACCCCCGCCGCCGAGAGAUGGGUUUGGGGGACCAAGGCCACCCAUGAUGCGAGGACCGGAUUUUCCACCGCCACCGAGACAAGGGAUGAGAGGAGGAGGGCAUAAGUUUCAUCCAAGGGGGGGACCUCCGCCGAUGAGAGGAUUAAGGCCGAACCGGCCCAAUUUCGGCCCUCGUUUCGAGCACCCAGACUUUCAUCGCGGGCCGCCCGGAAUGUACGAUGAGCCGCCACACAUGAGACACCGCGGCGGUGGCGGCGGCCGUUUUGAGGACCGCCGGCGCUCACGUCAAGAUUUCCACGAGAAUGUGCCCGAAAAUGACCGAUUCCAGAAACGAAGUCGAUGGAGCGAAUCCCACGACGAGGAGCAGAUUGCCGAAACUGAACAAAACGGCGGCGGAGGCGGAGGAGGAGGAAGUGCAGAAAACAAGGGCGGAAACACGCCGUUGCACGACGAACCGCCAGUGAAAAACGAGGCGAGUCAAGAGGAGGCGAUUGAAGCGCCACCACCACAAGUGACGGAAAACGCCGUCGAUGAGCAAGUGGCCGAGUAGUUAGGGUUUUAAAUAGGAUAAUAUGUUUUGAACAAUCGGACAAUGCUUAGCUGUGAUAGUGUAGUGAACACAGGUGAUGACCCUUUGUCUUGUCAUGUUUUUAUAUCAAAGGAAUAAAUUAUUUUUAUUAAUUUA